AGGAAUCCAACUUUCUUCAAGACGAUCCUCGUCCCCACGGCCAAGAUGAAGAAGUUCGUUCCCCGGCAGCGCAAGCAUAAAGUUAUUGCGCGGACUAAAGAGUUGUCGAAAAAUGAUGGCGUCCCCGACAGCAAUACGGUCGAGAUCAUGCCCACCGCGAAGGCUGAAUUGGAAGAGAAGAAGCGGUUGCUCCGUGAAGAAUUGAAGAAAGAGAGCGCGAAGAUGAGCGGGAAGAAGGCGAAGCGGUUGGAGAAAUAUAUAGAUACGAAGCUGAAGAAAGAUGAGAACAGGAUCUUGAUUCAGAACCUCGCGUUGAACAAGACUGAUACGAGUCUGUAUUCGAGCUCCAGUAGGAUGGGCCAAGGGAAGGAGUCAAAAAGGCAAAGAAUGGGAAGGGCGCUGAGAGAGGCUGCAGCAGGCAUAGAUUUGGACGGGGAGAAUGACGAGAUAUUAUUCGAAAAGCGGGCGCUGAAGGAUGGCCCUGUUGACAGAGACAGCGAUGCGGAGGACGAGGACGACGAGAUGUCGGGAGCGGCUACAACCACUACUGAGGGCACGGCAAACGAAACAAAACCAGCUCCAUUUGCUGCUGCAGCUGGAUCGGGACUGAAGAGGCCACUGGAGUUGGAUGACUCGGGAAGACCAGUUAUUCAGAAACGACAGAAAAGAGGCGGCGUCAACUCGAAGCUUUCCUUCAAGGCUGAACCAAAAGCUAUGCCUACAGCGGCCGCUGAGCCUGCCUGGACCGGCUUUUCGGCAUUCGAAGAUAGCGAAGAGGGUGAUGAGGACAUGGACUCAGACAUGAGUGGCAGUGAACUUGAUUCGCCUAAAGUAGAUGACGAGGCUACAUCGGGGGGUGAUGAAGCCACGUCUGAUGGAGAAGAUGGAAGUGAGGAGUCGUCAGACGAUAGUGAAUCUGAAGACAAUACCGAGAACAAGAAGGAGAGAUCUUCUGCCUUUAAGUCAUGGGCAAACCAACAACGGAAUGAAGCCAUGGGGUUCGAACCUACAAAUACGACGCAACUGGCCACUCUCACACCUAGACCCGAAAACUUUCAACCUCGCCCAUUAGAGUCGGAUCCUUUACCUGCAGAACUCCAAACUGCGAAUAGCAUCGCACGAAAGGCAUUUGCAGUCUCAUUCAACCGGUCGGCGGAAAUUCAAGAAGCAAGGAUGCAGCUUCCGGUUGUUGGAGAGGAGCAGAGAAUUAUGGAGGCCAUACAUAACAACUCUACUGUCGUCGUCUUUGGUGCAACUGGUUCGGGAAAGACUACGCAGGUACCGCAGUUCUUGUAUGAAGCUGGCUAUGGAUCUCCCGAUUCUCCCACGCCUGGUAUGAUCGGAGUUACGCAACCCAGGCGUGUUGCUGCUGUCAGUAUGGCAAAGCGCGUGGGCGACGAAUUAGGUGACCAUGGCGACCGAGUAGGUUACCAAAUCCGUUUUGAAGGUACAGUGAGCCCGAAGACGGCUAUUAAGUUCAUGACGGACGGUGUUCUUCUCAGGGAGGUUGCACUGGAUAUUGCACUCCGAAAGUAUUCAGCUGUCGUUAUUGAUGAGGCUCACGAGCGCAGCGUCAAUACGGAUAUCCUGAUUGGGAUGAUGAGCCGAGUAGUCAGAUUACGAGAUGAGAUGGCACUCGAAGAUCCUUCCAUCAAACCGUUGAAGCUCAUUAUUAUGUCGGCCACAUUACGCAUCACAGAUUUCACGGAAAACAAGACCCUCUUCACAACACCUCCCCCGGUUGUACAGGCUGAGGGCAGACAGUUCACUGUCACGAACCAUUUUGCUCGCCAGACACGCCACGAUUAUGUCGAGGAGCUGUUUAAGAAGGUAUCCAAGGCCCACAAGAAACUUCCGCCUGGAGGCUUCUUAGUGUUUUUAACUGGCCAAAUGGAGAUUACGCACUUGAGUAAGAAGUUAAAGGAGGCCUUCAAAAUUGGUACCAUGGCUUCAGGCCCGCAAGUCCGUAUUUCUGGACAAGAUGCCCCGGCUGAAGCUGAAGACGUCGAUUUUGGUGGUCUUAUGGAAGAAGAACUUGAUUCGGAUGAUGAAUCUGUUGAUUUUGAAGGCGACGAUAACGAUGAUGCCGAGUUUGACAUUGGCGAGGCAGAGGAGGUCGGACCGGCAAAGAUGCACGUCUUACCUCUUUACUCUCUCCUCCCUACCAAAGAACAACUGCGAGUUUUCGAACCACCUCCCGAUGGAUCGCGACUCGUCAUCUUGGCGACUAACGUAGCUGAAACGUCUCUCACGAUCCCUGGAAUCAGAUACGUCUUUGACUGUGGGCGAUCAAAGGAGCGCAAGUACGACGAAAAGAUAGGCGUGCAAAGUUUCGAGAUCAGCUGGAUCAGCAAAGCGAGUGCAAGCCAGCGUGCUGGUCGUGCUGGACGUACGGGACCUGGUCACUGUUAUCGAAUGUACUCCUCCGCGGUCUUCGAGCGCGAUUUCCGCGAAUUCGCCGAGCCAGAGAUCCUACGUAUGCCAAUCGAGGGAGUGGUAUUACAGCUCAAGGCGAUGAAUCUCCAACACGUCGUCAACUUCCCCUUCCCCACCCCGCCCGACAGAGCAAGCCUCGCCGCAUCCGAGCGGCUCCUGACCUACCUCUCAGCCAUCUCCCCCACCGGCCAAAUCACCAAAGUCGGCUCCACAAUGUCCAUCUUCCCCCUCUCUCCCCGCUUCGCCCGCAUCCUCCUCAUCGGACACCUCCACGACUGCCUCCCCUACACCAUCGCCCUCGUCGCCGGUCUCUCCACAGCAGACAUCUUCAUCCCCGAGAACCAGGUUGUUCCCGCCCUGACCCCCAAAGACGAGAAUGACGAGGACUCCCACUUCACCCAAGCCGAUCGCCUAGAGGAAGACGCGCGCAACGCGAUACGCCGUAAAUACAACGCCGUCCAACACGCCUUCUGCUCCCUCGACGACCGCUCAGACGCCAUCAAGCUCCUCCAAGCCGUCGGCGAAUUCGCCCACGAGCCUACCGAAGCAUGGUGUCGCGCGCAUUACGUCCACUACAAGGUGCUCAAGGAGAUCCUGCAAUUGCGUCGCCAGAUCACGGAUUUACUGCGCACCAACAUCCCUGCGUUCGCGGGACUGACGUUUGUUGAUAAACUGCCCUCGCCGAGCGUGACGCAGAUCAAGGCCCUGAAGCAGAUGGUUGCAGCGGGAUUCAUCGACCACGUCGCCAUUCGCGCGGACCUAGCGCCGAUUUCAUCGCCUGUGGGACGGAAACCGAGUCGUGCGAUCGAGGUCCAGUAUCUCACCCUCUUCCCGUCGCACGCGCGCUGCGACGACGAGGAUAAAGCUGUAUACAUCCACCCCUCCUCACCACUAGCGCACAGAUCCCCCAAGGAAUGCCCUGAGUACAUCGUCUACUCGCAUCUCCAGCGCGCAGCGCCCUCAGCGACGACUCCAGAGCGUGUGCCGAGAGCGAGGAUGCACGCGCUUGUCGAUGUUAGUGGUGGGCAGCUUGCGGCGCUGGCGAAGGGAACGCCGUUGUUGCAGUAUGGGAGGCCGAUUAAGGAGGGGAAGCAGCUGGAUAAGAUGGGGUUGGAGAAGGAGUGUUGGGUUGUGCCGUAUUUGAGGGCGGAGGGGAGGAAUGAUAUGGGCUGGCCGUUGCCGGCGAGGAAGGUGGUGCAGAAGAAGGUUUUGGGGAAGGGGUGGGUUAUUCAGGGGUAGGGUGGUCGUUUAGGUAUGCGUGGUAUUGAUAUUGGAUUGAUGAGUUGCCAUUGUGGAAGUGUUACAUGUGUAGCUCAAAGGUCUGAAGAUGGGCCGCGGCUACAGCCAGUUAGAGACUCGAAAUAUAUAGUAACGACUGAGUGCUCCUAUUAUUACCUCAUAACUCCGAGAUUGAAAGUACAGUAG